AGCUUGGAUUGUCUUGCAGAAUUAGCAUCGUCCAUGGUUUAUGUAAUGUGGCACGGACGUAAAUUCACAGACAUGACUAAUUCGUGUGUCUAUAAAAACUCCUUCUGGGAAUAUGGUCAAUCCAUCUCGUCAUUUGGCGCCUUUUGCUUAAAUAUUUUUAAAGACAUGGAAAUUGAUGAGUCUACUGUAUAUCUUUCCUUGAAAUACGUGGCUUUACUCAUACAACUGAAUCCAACUAUGGAAGGAUCGGAAGGAUCUGAGUACCGUAUUUUCGUUGUUGCAUUGAUACUGGCCUGCAAAUUCUUGGACGAUAUUACUUUUGCUAACACAACAUGGUCGGAGGUAACAGGCAUGAAUUUACGCGACCUGAACCUUAUGGAAGCCGAGUUCCUGGAAGGCAUCAGUUAUCGAUUGUUAAUUCGAACUGAAGAAUUCAAUCAAUGGAAAACGUUGACGGAUGAAUGUCAUGACCGAUUGUCAGUUUACUAUGUACAAGCUAGCCAAUUUGAACAAGAAAAAACGUUGCUUAGUAUCUUUUAUACAAUUGGUUUG